UUAGUUUCCUUUUGGACUUUCUCCACUUGAGGAGCUUCGUAGCUGGCAAAGUUAAAUUUUUACAAAUUGAAUUUCCAGGAAAAUCAUGGGUUUUAUCAUGCUGCAGAAGUGCUGUUGCUUUCCCCUGAAAAAAGGAACAUUGAUCAUUGGCUGGUACAACGUUAUCACCUCAAUUUUGAUGAUCAUCUAUUCCGUCGUUGCUCUUUGUAAACAAGAUACAAUUAUUAAGAACAUUGAGGACUACGUUCAACAGCCCAAUUUUGAUGAAGAAAUCCUUAAUACGGGCGUUGAAGUACUGAUGAGCAUUAUUAUUGCUUCUGCUGCUAUUGGAUUGAUUGUGUCAGCUCUCUUGAUUGUCGGAGCUAAGAGAGGCGUGCCAGGACUUCUACUUCCAUGGAUCAUUCUAACUGCCAUCUCUCUGGUCCUUGGUUUGGGAUACAGCGUUAGACUUAUUAUUCUAACCUUCGACGUUGAUACAGAAACAGCAUCUCUGCAGUUCUUCAUUUUCGUCGUGUCAUACGGAAUCCAUUACUACCUCUGGUUGGUUGUCUACUCCUUCUUCAAGAUGCUUCGUAAGGAGAUUAAAGGAGAGCCUCAUACCUUCAUUGCAGACAUAAUAGAUCCAAAUGAUGGACUUCCAGCCUAUUCGCGUCUUGCCUGAAAAAGUCCGUUGUCUCGAAAUUCUAAAGACUUAAAAUUGUGGUUUUAAUUUAAACUUAUAAGGUGACUUCAAAGUUUCUUAUUGAAGCAGAAUAUUUAUAGUUUUUCUGCUAGAAAAUCGUUUCACCUUUUUUCUUAAAAAUUUCGCAAUUUUUUAAUAAAUUGAUAAAAUUAUUUUUUUUUAAAUUUAUUCUUAAAAAUUUAUUAAAUUAAUUAAUUUUAAUAUAUUUUCUUAAUCCAUGUGCAAAUAAGACGAUGUGACUAAACGUGGAAGAAACUGCACAAAUAGAACCAUAUACGUAGUAAUAGCGCUGAUCAUCUGAAAGAAAAAUAAAUUUUAAGCAAAUAAUUCUUUAUAUUAUUCCAAUUUGUUAAAUGAUGCUAAAGAUUUGCUAAAAAUUUUAUCAAAUUAUUCUUUCAAAAAGCACCAAAUAAGAUUUUUCAACGAAAUAAAACCUUUUCCAGAUUA